GUUUGAUAGACAUUCACGACGCCUUCGCCUCAUCACGACGAGGAGUCUGGGACGGCGCCGAAAGGGGAACUGGAGCGCAGCAAUCACGCAAUACACGGAACCGCGACCUCAUGCGAACGCUGUGGCACCAGCUUGACGACGAACGGAGUGCAGUGGCGCGUCUGGGGAAACGGACCAGAUGGCAGGACCGAUGCAUCGAUGUACGGAGCCAGUAGAUUGCGUGACAGAAGCAGCUUGUUUGUCAGCCCGACGGACUGCCAAACCCGCCUUGCUGACGUCGUGGAAUGUUCACAUCGUUUGACGACAUGAAGGCGCGGUAGGCCGAUUGAUGCUUCUCGGACGCUCACAGACGCUCACACGUCGAAACGAGUCAUGGAAGUUCGUUGUCAUUGCUUAACGGAUCGAAGAGGGUUUCGUUGAAUUUUCGUGCGGUGUAUGUUCACCACCGCGCGGCACUAUGAAGCCAGUUUUUAAAUUGAAGGCUCACACUGGCUCCGUUCUGUGUUGUGAAUUCCCCACUGCUUCUCCCGAUUCGGUCAUCUCCUCUAGUGAGGAUGGCAGUGUGCGCGUUUUCGACCUGCGUAGCAAAGGCUGUGUUGUGACCCUGAAUAUUUCUAGUGGAGACGCUGUUACAUCCAUUUGUUUAAAAAAUGGAGAUAGCAGUCAACUGUAUUGCGCUGCUGGCAAUACCGUCCAUUCUUUCGACAUUCGUCUGGGAUCUUCGGGCAGAGAACUGCAGAAGUAUGACCACAACACGGACGAGAUCAAUCAGGUUGCGUUGAAUAGAAAUGCUACAUAUAUGGCUGCUGCGGACGAUUCAGGCGAGAUAAAGAUUAUUGACCUAAACAAUAACAAGCUGUACAAGACACUUCGGGGAGUGCACACGAAUAUAUGCAGCGCCGUUCAGUUUCAUCCGCAAAAGCCGUGGGAAGUUAUAUCAGGAGGUUUGGAUUCCAAAAUUGUAAAAUGGGAUAUUUCAAAGGGGAGACAGCUGAAGAUAGUAGACCCUGAUAUUUUGAGUUCGAACAGUGUCGGACAAAUGUGCAACCCACCCUUUGUUCACGCACUGGCAACUCAUGGAGACAGUUCGGGAGAGAUGGGCCGACUGCUUGCUGUUGCCAGAGGAGAUGGUGCUGUGGAAGUGUACGAUUUAGGAUUUCAAAGUGAGACUCCUACAAAGGUUAAGGGUUUGAAGAGCGGAAGGAGCACAACAACUAACGCGGAUGGUGAGAGGAAAGAACUAGCUCUGAAAUCUGGACUCCAAUGUCGACUUAGUGCUGAUAAUGGUGGACACCUUACAGCUGUAUCCUCUGUGACCUUUGCCAGGUUUGGAGAGAGGGGACGAUACCUGUUGUCAGGAGGAAAUGACGGACUUAUAAAGCUGUGGGACUGGGCUAGUUCAAAUUUCGAGGGCACUAUGGCUGUAGAAGGAGCACCUUUGACCUUAAGUAUACAUCAUGGUAAAAAGAUAAAUUGGCUGAGCACUAUCGACAACAAUCGGGUGAAUAUAGCCGUCGCUGAUACAUCAAAGGUUUUGAGUCUGUAUCAUGUCUUGUAAGGGCAAUUCAAUUGCUGCGAUUUCAAUCAAAUCUUUAAUUCGCUUGCUGCGGGAAAACUUUGGCCUUUUCUGAAGUCCUUGUUGUCACCCUCUAGCAAAGCUGGUCUGCAUGCUUUUUCUCAAUCUGGAUGGUGUGGGGUCUUGAAAUCAUCCUCUGUCUUUGAUUGAUCAAAUGAACAGUUGUGCCCGCAAUUGAAGUAGAGAUUAUAUAGCUGGAUGGAUGAAGAGUUGAUGGAUUUCCGUAAGGAUUUGGCUUUCAACACACAACAAAUGAGGGGUUUUAGCUGUAUCGAUAAUUAUUAUUUCACUGCUUGGCUGCUUACGGAAGCCCAUUUUUUCGUCAAAGGAGCUUCCUAUCUCAACUUCUGCUUUGAAGCUCAGAAUUUAUCUGAGUAAAAGUUUGGAAACUCUCAGCAAAUUGAUUGCCUGUAUGAAAG